CCCGAUCUGGUUCGUCUCUUCACCCUUCCGUCUAAUAAUACUUUUCAUUAUCUUUCUUGCGCUGGCAUCAUACUUGUUAACCAUCAUGCGAAAGCCCUAGAGGAUCUCAUUUACGAAUGUAUUUUUCUUGGGAUGGAAAAGAAUUUCUCUGCUCAAAUAUCUCUCUUUAUUAAAAGUAGAACAAGAACUUCUAUGUUGGAUGGGAGGUUAAGCAUGGAAGGAGACUUCGUGGAAGAGAAGGCGGCCGUGGGCAUGGGGGGAGAGGACAGGUACGACGAGGAGGUCCGAGCCUGGAGUUGGGGCGCGGCCUCCGAUGGGCAGCUCGGGAUGGGCACCGUCGAGGACCAGCUCCUCCCCCAGGCCCUCCUCAACUUCCCACCCCUCUCCUCCUCCCCCGCCACGCGCCGCAUCACCCAAAUAGCUUGCGGUGGCGCCCAUUCAAUCGCCUUAACCGGUGAUGGAAGGGUACUGACAUGGGGGAGAGGUACAUGUGGUCAACUCGGUCACCAAGAGCUGUCAAACUGCUUGCUGCCAAAGCCUGUAAAGUUCCUUGAAAGCUUUACUAUAUCCUAUGUUUCUGCUGGAUGGAAUCACUCUGGCUUUGUUACAGAUGCAGGACGACUCUUUAUGUGUGGGGAUGGCUCAUUUGGGCAGCUUGGAAAUGGAGAUCAUCAGUCACAUGGUUCCCCUGUAGAAGUCUUAUUCUUUUCUUCAAAGCAUGUUGAGCAAAUAGCAUGUGGGAUGCGCCAUUCUCUUGCACUGGUGUCUGAUGCAGGAUCAUCAGGCAGUUUGAUCUAUGGUUUUGGUUCUGCGAGACAUGGGCAGAUCGGAAUGUUGGAAUCUCGAACCCAGAGAUCACAUAAUUUUCCUAAAGUUAUUGAAGGAUUUGAGAAUUGUGAAAUUGUUAGUAUAUAUGCCAAUGGAGAUCAUAGUGCUGCAUUGUCUGCUGAUGGCCAGUUAUACAUUUGGGGCAGAAGAUUCAGUGGAAGAUCGGAUGAUCACAUUCCUCAAAUUUUGCCUUCACCUUUGGGGAUCACUGAAGUUGCUCUGGGAUGGAACCAUGCUUUAGUAUUAACUGAUAAUGGAGUAUAUAUGUUUGGUGGUUAUCGCCAUGGGAUGCUUAGCGGUUCUCCACUAGCGAACCCAAUUCAGCAUGCAUUGUUUCCAUCUGCUCAAGGUGAUAGCUCAGAUGCACCAACUCUGGAGAAGGUACCUUGUCUUGAUGAUGAAAAGGUAGUGCACAUUGCAGCUGGUGCGGAGCAUUCUGCUCUUAUAACAGAUAAAGGAACGAUCAUGACAUGGGGCUGGGGAGAACAUGGCCAGCUUGGACUGGGGAACACAUGUGAUCAAACUAGCCCUCAGAUAGUUAAUAUAGACUGCAAGCGAUCAAGUACUUCUGUUCAACUAGGAAUUUACUGUGGCAGUGGAUUUACUAUAGUAGUGAAGAGUACUCUUUCCCCCACCCGCCGGCAAUUAGGCUUGCAUGCACGGCCGCCUUCCUCGGCAGGAGAAUUAAAAUCAUCCUUUCCCUUACAACGACAAGGUGAUGCACAACCACACCUUGUGAUAUGGGACAAAAAGAAAAGAAAAGAAAAAAGAAAAUAAAGAAAUGAAAAAGAAAACUUCUCACUUUCUACUAUAAUCGAGCACAAGUUGUGUGUUAGUGGUUGGAUGGUUAUUCAUGGAAAGCAAUGUUGAUGGUGAGGUUUUUGAAAUUAUGUUAGACUUCUGCAGCCACUUUGGUCUGUCUAUCUGAUCCUUUUGGUGCCAAGCCAAUCCUUGUGCUAUUCAUGGAAAGCAAUGCUCAUGGUCAGGUUUUUGAAAUUAUGUUAGACUUCUGCAGCCGCUUGGGUCUAUCCAUCUAAUCCUUUUGGUGUCAAGCCACAAGCCUCGUCGAAUUUGCUUCAUAUAUGCAGUUGGGAUUGCAUAUAAAAUGAUGACAAAGUGUGCGAACUCUGAUGACAGGCCAAAUUGGAAGGCAGAAUUUAACUUCUUACUAAGAGCUGUGAAAAAUUAUGAAAUAAUGCAAGUGUAAUAGUAAUACUAGGGAGGCACUGCUUUUAUGCACCGUGGUGGUUGAACGUGGAGUGGUCAAACGUAGUCUAGGAAACUUUCCGCAUGUAAUCGGGUGAUAGAAAGCACUUUCCAUGCUUUAACCAUCUCCACCUGUAUUCUUAUUCAUGGUACCUAUAAUACAAGUAGGCUUGAAAUUGGGUCAUAUCCAGCUGACUCCAAA